GGAAGCUUGCUCCGUCAAGUGGGCGCAUUAUCCUGUCAGAAUGGAAACUCCGCGAGGGACAAGUGUAAAGUACUCGGAAAUGAGUAGACCGACGAGCGACUAGCACUGGCCGGAGCUCCGGCGAUGGAGCUGUCUACGCACCCUCUCUCCAACGCAACUCUCUCUCCUUGCUCCUACUUCGCCUCCGCCGGCAACUCUUUCUUUCCUCUUCGCAGGAGCGCCUCCGCGAUUCCGCGAACCGGAUGCCGGUUCCAAAACAGGGAAACCGCCGACGCCGGGGGAGGCCGGCGCGUCGCUCUGGAGCGGCGCCGGCGGUUCUGGAUUGACGAGCGAGAGAACGGCGGCGAGGAAGGCGGGGGAGAAUCCAGCUCCUACGCUUCGGAUGACGAUGUGUAUUUGUCGUUGAGCGAGAAGCCGGACCGGAGCACGGCGUUGCUCGAUGAUUACGAGAUGGAGGAGCUCGAUUAUGCUUCUAACCCGGAUCAUAGAAGCGGAUAUGUGGCUGUCCUAGGAAAGCCUAAUGUUGGGAAGAGUACACUUGCAAAUCAAAUGAUAGGCCAGAAGUUGUCAAUAGUUACAGAUAAACCGCAAACUACAAGGCAUCGUGUUCUUGGUAUUUGUUCAGGUCCAGAGUAUCAGAUGAUACUCUAUGAUACUCCUGGUGUAAUUGAGAAGAAGAUGCACAAAUUGGACUCCAUGAUGAUGAGUAAUGUUCGAAGUGCUGCUGUAAACGCGGACUGUGUACUAGUUCUCGUGGAUGCAUGUAAAGUACCUGAGAAAAUUGACGAAGUAUUAGAAGAAGGUAUCCGGGACCUGAAAAAUAAGGUGCCAACUCUGCUAGUAAUGAAUAAGAAGGAUCUGAUCAAACCUGGUGAAAUCGCAAAGAAGCUCCAGUGGUACGAGAAAUUUACCGACGUGGAUGAUGUUAUACCGGUGAGCGCGAAAUAUGGUCAUGGUGUGGAAGAUGUCAAGGACUGGAUUUUAUCCAAACUUCCUCUGGGGCCAGCUUAUUAUCCCAAGGACAUUGUUAGUGAGCAUCCAGAAAGAUUCUUUGUGGCUGAAAUAGUUAGAGAGAAAAUUUUCAUGCAAUACCGCAAUGAAGUUCCUUAUGCUUGUCAGGUAAACGUGGUGAGCUACAAAACCAGGCCAAAUGCUAAAGAUUUUAUACAAGUGGAGAUUGUUGUGGAGAAGAACUCACAGAAGAUCAUUGUAAUUGGAAAAGAAGGUAGGGCUCUCAAGCUACUUGCUACUGCUUCUCGGCUUGAUAUUGAAGAUUUCUUGCAGAAGAAAGUAUAUCUUGAGGUUGAAGUGAAGGUGAAAGAGAAUUGGCGGCAAGACGAAGGACUUCUCAAGUACUAUGGUUAUGGGGGACAGAUUCGAGCACUAUGACAUAAAUUUCUUCAGCAUUUUUCUCGGCCCAACUUGCUAUUCUGGAGGUCCUGUCACUGGGAAGUCUCGCUAGCUGAUAACAAGAUUGGAUGAAACUGAUUUCCAUCUCCAUCUUCUUGGUAGCUGAAAUUCGGCCUUGGUCUUUGUUGAUUUUCUUAGCAAAUUUUGUCUUCAAAGGCCAUAUUUGCCUAAAAUAGUUGAUUGUGUCUUGGUUUGCCUGCCUUCUUUAGGAAAGGGUGCAUUGUCUUCCUCUAGCAAAGUUGAGGAUUAAUUUGUUUUCGAUUGAUUUAUUCGGUUUCUUUCGUAGAAAAGCUUAUAGUAGACUGACUUGUUGUCAGUAGUGUGCUUCAUCUCGGAAGAGCAAGGAUGUGGAGGAGGAGCAUUUCAGUAUCAUACUGCAGGUUUGCCCUUCGAACCAAGAAUUUCGCGCUAAUUCUGCUGUUUGGCAAAGUAAUUUUGGCAAGAUUGGAAAAGUUAAAGAACAUUGAAGGUUGCGAAUUGUUACAUUUCUUCCUAAUUGCUUCUUUGCUGUAAAAGGAGGCGAUUGAUUCA